CCUUCCAUAACCCCCGCCUCCCACCGUCGCUGCACCUGUGUCGUUUUCGUGAUGGAUCUGAGAAGGUUCUUGGAAGCCAGGAACGGACAGCGUUCGAUUCAAUCUCGUGUGAUACCAGCAGUUCAGAAAGUCCUGACUGCUGCUAGAGGUGCAACUGAUGCUUUUUCUGGAGUUGGGAGGCAUGUCAACUGUUCUCUAAAGAAGUUGGGCUUUAAGAACAUUGAAGUUGGUUUCAGAUGCGGGGUUGGUUUAGGCCACGGUUUUGGUGUAGGUCCUGGUCAGAGCAGCACCAAGGUGCUAAGUGGAACUCCUGUUGAAAAUGCACAACUCUCAAGUGAGAAUGUCGUGGAUUUGAAAUCUGGAAGUACUGGCAGUAGCUAUGGAUAUUCGAUGAAUGAUGAAAGACCUGCUGAAGAAGCUAGGCAUAGUCCUAAUGCAUCAAAAGAGACACCAUUAGAGAAGUCAGUUGCAAGUCGUACUGAAAAAGUUAUCAACAGUUUCUUGCAGGAUCCACUUUUCAAGGAUACUGAGGUCAAACUUGUUGAAGUGGCUGGAAACUUGCUCACAGAGAACGAUAUACUUCAAAUGCUGCUGAAGCAUCAGCUAGCGAUCGAAGAAUUGAUCGACGAGAAUCUGAAGCUGCGACAAGUACUCGUAGAGGAUUUUAAGGUUUCACCUUGCAGGCUUCAAACAAAGGAUGUCAGUAGAACAGAAGUCUAUUACCCAUGUUCUGACUGUUUCAAAUGCCGUAGAAGAAGAAGAAAGGCAGCAAGAUAGCAUUUAAAUCUUAAUAUGCACCCCAUGCCCACUCCAGCAUCAUUAUCUCACCGGGUUUGGUAGCUCAUAUCUCACAUAUUAUUACCAUCAGCUAGGAAGAUACAAAGGAAUUGCCCAGAUUCUUUAUGUUUUGAGCUUCUUAUUUAACUUUUGAAGCUUUGAUAAGAGUGUUUUCUUCUGUCAUAAAAUUGUUUCUUGCAACCAUAUUCCAUUUUUUUUUUUUCAUUUAGGCUCAUGAACAAAUCAAUUGGUCGAAUUGGAAAAAUCGGAAACCGGACUCUCUAACGGUCCAAUUCACUAAUUGAAUCAUUUUGAGCCCUCGAAAUGAUUGAAACAUCUUUACUUUU